GGGGCCCCAGCUCAGCUCGGCUACUGCUCAAGCCGUGGAGGCUUUAAAGCAGCUCCCUCCUGGGGGAAGACAGACAGACAGACAGACUCAGUCACUCCUCUCCUCUCCUCUCGCCAGCUGCUCCUCACUCCUCUCCUGCUUCGCCAUGAGCUCCAUGGUGGAUGUAAAAACCCUGUACGAGAACCUCUUGAACCUGAAUCUGAGCGAGGAGCGGGAUGCUCCGACCGGCUCCGAGCCCCGGGGGGGCAGCGGCGACUCCCACGUCUGGCCCCUGCGCACGGUCUGGAGCCCCAGCACGGAGCAGGCGCUCUCCCCGCCCGAGCCGGCGGCCCCCCGCCCCUCCUUCCGCACCGACCGGUCCCUCAGCCUGAUCGAGGGCCGAACCCUGCCGCCCCCCCCGCCCGGCUUCCCCCCGCUGCAGCCCCCGCCGGCCCCCGCCCUCUCGGCCCGCUACAAGACGGAGCUCUGCCGCACCUACAGCGAGACGGGCCGCUGCCGGUACGGGGCCAAGUGCCAGUUCGCCCACGGGGCCGGGGAGCUGCGGACCCUCAGCCGCCACCCCAAGUACAAGACGGAGCUGUGCCACAAAUUCUACCUCCAUGGCGAAUGCCCCUACGGCUCCCGCUGCCACUUCGUUCACUACCCGGAAGAGCGGGGGCUGGCUGCUUCCCCGCAACUUCUGCGCCAGAGUCUCAGCUACACCGGGGUGCCUGCUGGCCGCCAGGCCUCCCCGCCGCCCGGCGUCUCCGACCUGGCCUCUUUCGCCCGGGCGCCCUCCAUCUCCCCGCCUCCUGCCGGUGACCUCCUCUCGCCGUCCUUUACCCGCCUCAACUCGGAGCCUGUGCCUCGCGUGGCCACCCUGGGAGAAGCCCUGGCUGCCUCCUCCUCCGCCCCCGGCGGGCGCUGCACCUGCCGCUGCGGGGGCACCGCCAGGCUGGGCACCUUCGAGAGCCCCCGGGACUACUUCGCCGCCGCCCCGGGGACACCCGUCGCCUCCGGCCUCCCCAGGACCCCGUCGUCCAACUCGCUCUCCGACCAGGAUUGCUACAGCAGCUCAGGCAGCCUCAGCGGCUCCGAAUCGCCCGUCUUCGAGAUGCUGCCCACCAGUGGGACCUGGAAUGGGACCCGCCGGCUGCCCAUCUUCAACCGCAUCUCCGUGUCGGAGUGAGCGGCGGGGGGAGGGCUUGCAAUAGGAUCCAGGCCAUGGGAGGAAUCUAAUGGGGUGUGGGAGGGGUUAGAUGCAUCUACGGGGUGGGGUUGCAAUCAACUCCUGGGAGCAAAAGGUGACCCCCUGGUCCUGCUUCCAAGGUCCCUCCAGGCGCUGCCCCCUGGCCCCUCCAGCUGCUGGUCCAGAUGUUUGGGGAAGGACAGCAGCUCCCCAGCCAGAUGUUGGCAGGAGCUGCUCCUGUCUGGGGGGUAGGGAGUGGGUGGAAGGGGAUUGGGGUGGCCUUCCCUGGUGUGGGACAUGAGCUCCCCACAGUGGGGGAGGGAGGGAGCGGGGGAACAGGCAUCCAGAUGUGCACAAUACCAGAUACCUGCUGGGCAAGGCAGGCUCCCUGCCUGGCCAGGUGUGGCCACACAUUUUAAGUAACCUGCUUCUGCUACCUAACAUUGAAUGUUGCCACAUGUGUGCGGUAUCUGCACCAUCACCCCGCCUUCCUCCAACCUAGAAGUGCCAGAUGACACCACCAACGUGCCUUGCCCCACCCCUGCGGUCCGUCUGGGAGUGCUCACCUGCUUCAAAUCAAGGACUCCACGCCUCCCCCGUGUCAGGCUUUCCAGCGGACUCGCCUGUGUUACGGAGGAUGAGGGUAAAGCCCCGGGGGGCCAGCCUGCAUCCCUGAAAACAGACUGACUUGGUGGGGAGGGGUGCAGUUUUAUGCCCAAUAUGUAGCAGAUUGUUGGGGUGGACCACAUCCGUAUGUGGGACAAAUUUGGGUCUAAUGGUGCUGCUUUCCUCCCCUGCCCUUACCCUAAUUUCAUGCUGUGAAUAUUUCUGGAAGGGUUCCCUGAAUUGUUUUUUUGUGGGGUGGGAUUGGGGGGAGCUCAGAUCCAUCCUGCUUCACCCCUUUUCAUAAGGAGCUGGGGGGGCAAGGAGUGUCCAAGAACAACGAAAGCUUCCUCCACUACCCUUCUGGAAUACCGAUUUUUAAAAAUACAGAAUCGCCCUCUCUGACUUUAAAAAUAUACAAACUCCAGUAGCAGCCCCUAACCUUGGAGUAACACUUUAACAAGCAGUGGCCUAUUUUGGCUCAUUACUGGAGUACUUCCCCUAGGGUUUGUAUUUGAGACUGGAGUAAUUCUGUUCACUUCAUUCAGUGGCUUUCAACUUUUUUUUAUUUGUGGACCCCUAAAAAAUUACCGAUGGAGGUGUAGAUCCCUUUGGAAUUCUUUGACAUUGUCUUCUGCAGACCCCCAGGGGUCGGCGGACCACAGGUUGAAAACAACUAGACUUAAUUGGUAUAAAACAGCUCUGGCUUUAAUGUGUGUGUGGCGGGGGAGGAGGGCAGGAUUAAUCUACAAAGACAGUAGUGUUACUACAGUAUUUAUGCUCUAAUGCCUUAAAGGGGAAGAUGAGACAAUCUGAGCCAUCAGUAUCUCUGGGUGGAGCAGGAAGGCAGCACUGAAAUAUCGGGCAGUUUGCAAUGAAGAUGUGGUGUCCCCCGCCCUUCCAGAAUCCAAAGGUCAUGGGGAGGGAGGGGUCUUUGUUCCACCCCUGUUAGCCACCCUAUCCAAACGAUCAACGUGACAGCAAGGUUGACCUUGAUUUCCGGGGAGUUGGUCUCCAAAGCCAUAGUGUUAAACCGGUCUGGCCUUGCCAUGUAGUGAGCACUUUGUGAAGGGGUGGGAGAGGAGAUGCACUGAGUUUGCCUUGCAAGGCAAGGUGGUGAAGUGCUCCCCAAUCCAGCCCAGCCUCUCCUCUCUUGCUUGCAGCUGGUGUAAAUCAGGAGGAAAUGGACUUGGACCAGUGUUGCCAACCCCACAGGGGCAAACUCAUACUCCCACCCCCCAAAAAUAAAAAAAAAAUCUUGAGUGUGGUUUUAAAAGGCUGCAGGUUUUAAAAAAACGACAAAUCUCUUUGGAUUUGCCGUGUUCAGCGUUCCCGUUUCUCCCCCCGCCCCAAACCCCGCAGGCUAAAAACUUGCUUUUUUUCCUUGUAAAGGCAAACAAAGGUACAGCUCUGGUCACAUGACUCCUGAACCUUGGGGUUUCAGAACUGCUCUAAACCUCACACAGCUUUGGCAACACUGGUAUCGAGCUCUGAAUCCCACUGUGGUCGCUUGGGACGUCCCCUUUGCAGCUCGGAGGCCUAAUGAGAUCUUUCACGUUCCGUUUUCUGUGCUAACGAUUCCCUGCUUUUGAAGUGUUGCUCUUGGAAACAAAAAACCAAACAAGCUCAUGUUUACCUUUGUAAUGAUAGAAGAGAAACCAAAAUUAUUUAUAGAACCUUAUUUAUUCAAGACAGAAUUUUAUAUUAUAUUUAUCUUUUUGUAAUAUUCUGAAAUAAUAUAUAUUUUUCCCUGUUAUUAAAAAGUUAAUUCAAGAGAACCCAGUGAGAUGUAACCAUGGAGUAAUAGGAGUGACAAAUGUGUUUUUUAAAAUCAUCAUUGUGGUGUUUUAUUGCUGAAUCUUGAGGAUUUAAAAAAAGAUGUGGAAAUAAUAAAACAAAGCCAGCCAUGA